AUGUCGAGACUUACGUCUCCCGCUGGUACAACCACGAAGACCCAAUUCAGCUCCAGUGCAAGAGGAGAGACAUUCGGCCAACGUUUCGGGAGCGAGAGUCCCGAAUCGGCUCUGGACAAGGAUUCUGAACCUUCUGGUGAUGAUUCCGAGAAUGAUUCAGAGGAUGAUUCUGAGGGUGACGAUGACUUGAGAGAGUCAGAUGUGUGGAGCGACGAACUGGAUCGCAUGAAGGCGAAUAUGAACCGAGCAAAUCCGUUCGAUGUUAGCACCAAGUGUGGUCAAUACGCGACCAUUCAUGUCGUUCUUGAACACUUCAAAGACAAUGUCGGCUUGCAUAAGCUGACGAAGGGUCCUUCAGUCGAUCCAGAAGCAGACGAUGAGGCUAUUGCAGAACUUUCGAGAGGCUGGCAAGCCGAAGUUGAUGCCAUUGUCAGAAAACUUCCCGUUUUGACACUGACAGAUUCAACUCCCGCACAGCAAGAACUCAAUCAGCAACUCGAAUCGCUUCGAAAUACAAGCAGUACCAGCCAAUGA